AUGAGUGUGAAAUUAGAUACCCGACACAGAGUCCCUCACGAGGAUAUGAACCUGAAUUCAGAUACCCGCAAUAUUCCUCGCGAGACCCCCGAUCCCAGAAUACCUGGGACUCAACCCCUACUGCUAUUCGGUACGAAACAAGAGAACCGAAGGUCAUUCGCCAUGGAUUACAUGAAAUAUCGGGCUCAGGUCGGCGCCUCCUUAGACAACGCGGACGAGGGCCAUCCAUUUGGUCGCUCCAUCCGCAUUAGGUCGCUCGCGUAUAUAUCUUCACCGGGGAACCAGCGUGUCGAGACAUUCGCAGAUAUUGGAUAA